AUGAUACAGGUUGAAUGCAAUGACAGAUUGGGAAAAAGAAUAAAGGUCAAAUGUCUACCGGAAGACACAAUCGGAGAUUUCAAAAAACUGCUGUCUCUCCAGAUAGGCACAUCUCACGAAAAAAUAAUACUCAAAAAGGGUUAUACGGUGUUCAAAGACCAUAUCACCUUAGAGGACUACGAGAUCCAUGAUGGCUCCAAUCUGGAGCUCUACUACUCAUAG